UCAUGUAUAGCCUUUUAUAAUAUUCUUAAUGAGUUAAAUGACUACGCAGGACAGCGUGAAGUAGUAGCAGAAGAAUUGGGACAUAGGGUAUAUGGAGAACUGAUGAGAUAUUCCCACGAACUCAAAACAGAAAGGAAACUGCACCUUCAAGAGGGCCGAAAAGCACAACAGUAUCUUGACAUGUGUUGGAAGCAGAUGGAUAAUAGCAAAAAGAAAUUCGAAAGAGAGUGCAAAGAAGCAGAAAAGGCACAGCAGUGUUAUGAGAGACUGGACAAUGAUACCAAUGCCACUAAAGCAGAUGUUGAAAAAGCAAAGCAGCAACUAAACCUACGUACACAUAUGGCUGAUGAAAAUAAAAAUGAAUAUGCUGCACAGCUCCAAAAUUUCAAUGGUGAACAGCACAAGCAUUUCUAUAUUGUCAUUCCUCAAAUAUAUAAGCACCUUCAAGAAAUGGAUGAGCGACGAACCAUCAAACUUAGUGAAUGUUAUAAAGGAUUUGCAGAUUCUGAGCGGAAAGUUAUUCCAAUAGUCUCAAAAUGUUUAGAAGGAAUGAUCGCUGCAGCCAAAUCAGUCGAUGAUCGCAGAGAUUCUCAAAUUGUAAUAGACUCCUUUAAGUCUGGCUUUGAACCUCCUGGAGAUUUCCCAUUUGAAGAUUAUAGUCAACACAUUUAUAGAACUGUUUCUGAUGGAACGAUCAGUACCCCAAAACAGGAAGGAAUGAAAAUCGAUGCAAAAACCACUGUGGGCAAGGCUAAGGGGAAACUCUGGCUCUUUGGAAAGAAACCAAAGGGUCCUUCCCAAGAAGAUUUCAGUCACUUGCCACCAGAACAAAGGCGGAAAAAACUUCAGCAGCGGAUUGAUGAGCUUAACAGAGAAUUGCAGAAAGAGAAUGAUCAAAAAGAUGCCCUCAUCAAAAUGAAAGAUGUGUACGAAAAAAACCCACAAAUGGGUGAUCCGGGAAGUCUUCAGCCAAAAUUAAUGGAAACUAUGAACAACAUGGACCGUCUGCGGAUGGAAAUCCACAAGAACGAGGCAUGGCUUUCUGAAGUUGAAGGUAAAGUAGCAACAAGAGGAGAUCGAAGACACAGCAGUGACAUCAACCAUCUCGUAACCCAAGGAAGAGAGAGUCCGGAGGGGAGCUACACGGAUGAUGCCAAUCAAGAAGUUCGGAGCCCACCCCAGCAGCAUGGCCCUCAUAAUGAAUUUGAUGACGAUUUUGAAGAUGAUGAUCCUUUGCCAGCUAUAGGACAUUGUAAAGCUAUCUAUCCAUUUGAUGGUCACAAUGAAGGCACCCUUGCCAUGAAAGAAGGGGAGGUUUUGUAUAUUAUAGAGGAAGACAAAGGAGACGGAUGGACAAGAGCUCGGAGGCAGAACGGAGAAGAAGGAUACGUGCCAACUACCUACAUAGAUGUAACUCUAGAAAAAAACAGUAAAGGUUCCUGAAGCGGGUAUCUGAGAAAAUGGGCGAGAUGUUGAAGGAGGUUACAUGCAGCUGCUUUUUUGGGGGAGGGUGUUAGGCCCAGCAAAAUGGGGGAAAGCCAGUUGCAUGAAAGCAUGUAGGCAUAUGUUUCUCACUAACAAUGUUAGCAUUUCUCUUUGUGUGUUCCCAAAUUGUGGUAAGCUAAAACGCUCCAUUCCAACAGAACCAAACCCACCCCGGUUUGAAAACAUAUCCGCUCCAUAGUUCUGAAAUGCUAGCUGUUUUACCACUUGCAUUUUUAUACUGGCUGUUUUCAGCUGCUUCCUUUUCCAUAUCCAUUUUUUUUACAAAUCAGCAUUGAGUCCGAAAUCUUCUCAUUGACAGUCUUCUGCCUGUGUGCCACUUCCAUGCUCGCCCUAACCUUUUCCUGCAUGUCUAGAUAAUGCGUCAGGCAUGUUCGCCUAAUGUUUUUGUACUUCCAUAGUUCUUUCCUCGUCUCUUGCAUUUGUAGCGUCCUCCAGCACUAAAGUUUUUUUUUAUAUAUAUAUAUAUUUCCCCUGCCCCGUUUUACGUCGCUGUAAUUUGUUCGUUUGUUUUAUCUUCUUCAUUGUGACCAUUUCCAGUUCUUUGGCGUUAACACCGGCUGUGAAAGUAACAUUCAUUCUGCUUUGGGGAUGGAAUACAUCUUCAGCACUAGGCCAUCCCAGCCUAUCCUCAGCACCUCAAUAAUUUCUCAUGAGCACUGAAACCCUAGGAAUAAUAAAGAGCACAGAUUUGCCGCUGCAAGACAAACAACUCUUUUCAGAAAUCAAGUGCUUGUCAUUCAGAUGCUGCCUUAAACUCUCGAGUGCCUAAAUCUGUUGAGUUGCCAACAAUACCACUUCAGUAUCCCGCCAAGGGCUAUUGGGUCUCAGCUCUGUAUGACCUCGUGAAUCUUCCUACAGUUCUGCAGCUGUUGGUAGCCAAUGGUAGAUGCUUUCUCGAUCUCUACCAUUCCACAACAACAAGGUGCAUUGUAAACGUGACACACGUUGAAAAACAAAAAGUACAUGUAUCGAUUUUAUUUUACGUCCAAUGAAUGUUUUUAAUAGGAUUUUUAUGGAGCCUUUUUUUUAAUUGCCUAUUAUUAUUAUUUUUUUCGAGUUGGGGAAUGGGAUAAAGACACCAGUUUUCAAACGAACUGCCGUGCUUGUCUUAUUUCCAAGUAUGCUUUAUUGUAAGGACCCAGUUAAAAAUUGAAGUGAUAACUUUGUAAUGAUCUGUGUGCACUUUUUAUUUGUAAACAUAAUUGCGAUUUGGACACAUUUAUACAUGUAAAUAUAGUUGUCUCCCGCACCCUGGUCAUUGCUCAUGUUAUUUGUCUUGCCAUUUGUGAAUUAUGUUAAUGAAAACAUCGAAUCUAAGCAAAAUAGGGUCAUCUUAGUAUAAGGGGAGGGAUGGGGGGGGAAAGGAGCAGUUAAAUUUAAGCUUCAUAAACCAGCUUACUGCUGUUUGUGGUAAUAUUUAAAAUCCUGCUUUUCUGAAGGUGGGAAUCAAAGCAAUAUUUGAACACAGCAAUGCUGGUGGGAUUCCUUUAGAACUUUUUUCAGUGUUACUAGCCACUAUUACACAGAUGAUUUAGUAUAUUUACAUUGAGGGUGAUAAAACACUAAAGGUUAAGAGUUUUGGGAUAUUGUAAACAGGGUUAUUUAUAAUAAUGUGACCAUAUGCCAUUACUGACCAAACUACAUCGAAUAGUUGUUCGUUUAAUGCUGGCUUUUUUUUUUUAAUAAAAAAGAAAUAUCUCCAAAUGAAAGACAAUGAUUUUAAGGUUCUCACUCUUCCAGCCAAGGAACCCUAUGGAUUUAGUUUAACAGCCAGUUUGAGCUGCUUUUAACACUUCUAGUAAAGGACUAAUAGUUCUUUUGUGCUACUGUUUUUUGUAAGGCAGGAUUUGUUUCCUCAGGAGGAUAUUUUCCUUCCUGUGGUUAUAAAGCAACCUUUAUGAGGGUAGUUUAAAUGUAAAGGGGAGGGGGAAAAAAUCUUUGUACUUGCACAGUUGGCUAAAAUUAUUUUGAAAUGUUGAGAAUUAAUUGUCUUUGAGUCAUAACUUUUCAGUAAUUUUUAAUCUUUCGUGCACGUGUUGAUUUUUUAAAUGUUUCAAUGCUUUGUUAAAUAAUAGUCGUUCUCUUCAAAAUAUUUUCAUGGAAUUAAACAAUCUUUUCAUGGCCCUCAUCA